AUGGAACUAGUGGACGGCACGCUGCUUAAUAGCAUCACCGUGCUCGGCGACCCGGAGAAGGUGUACCGUCGUUGUCUAGAUCUGAUGAUCAAGCUCGCGGAGCAGGGCCUUAUCCACGGCGACUUCAACGAGUUCAACCUGAUGAUCACCGAAGACCAGCGCGUCAUCAUGAUUGACUUCCCGCAGAUGGUCUCAACAAACCACAAAAACGCGGACGAACUUUUCGACCGCGACGUGCAGAACCUCGCCAACUUUUUCCAGCGUCGCUUCCAGCUGUCGACGCUGUGGUACCCCACGCUGGAGAAGGAUGUGGUGAGGAAGGGCAAUCUGGACAAGCAGGUCUACGCCAGCGGCCAUUACACACAGCGCCACGAACAGGACCUGAAGGCGCUCAUGGAGGUGGAGUUUGCCCGGCACCACAAGGACGGCAAGAACCUUAGCGACUCUGAGGAAGACGAUGAGGGCAAUCAAAAAGGAGAAGGGAGAGCCGCGUCCGCUUCUGGGUCGGGUGAUGAGUGGGGCGAGGAAGGCGAAGAGGAGGAGGAGAACGGCGAAGGUGAGAUUGACCGCGUGGACUGCGGUGUCAUCGCGAUCCCUCGCGCGUCUCCCGCAGACGGCGAGGAUGAGGAGGAGGCCGAUGAAGACAGGAACGACGAUGGCGACGGCGAGCAGAGCGAUGUAGAGUCGCUGGAAGAGGCGGUGGCUGCUGCCCGCAGGCAACGCGGCACUGGCCGGGGGAAAACCGAAACUACCUCCCGGAUGGGGAUGUGA